UUCUCUCCCGCCCCUUUCCUCCCACCUGGCUCCUUGUGAACUUCUCCGGGACUCCACUUCCUGGCGACUGGGGCUCUGGGAUAAGCCUCUUGCUUGGGUCCCGGGCCUCCCCCCUGCUAAACCUGGUCUCUCGAGGCUAGUGGUGGUUUCGGUUGCGACACAGUUUAAGUUCCCUGGCUGAAGCUGCUCAGCCUAGCUGCUUCCUCACUUUUCACUGAGGAGGUGGUGGAAGGUGUCGCCGGGAGGCGGCAGAGCCAGCUCCCCCACCCUGGGCCUGGCUCUUUGAGGCCUCUGUACUUUGCCCUCGCUGCCUGACAGGUUCUCCUGGGCCCUGCUGAAUGGAAGUCGACGUCGCUCCCUGCCCCUUUCUCAGAACGGCCGGCCCUCGGACACCUGGACGCCAAGCCCAGCAGUAAGGCCAACAUGCUCCGUGGCCGCAACUCGGCCACGUCUGCUGACGAGCAGCCACACAUCGGCAAUUAUCGGCUCCUCAAGACCAUCGGUAAAGGCAACUUUGCUAAGGUGAAGUUGGCCCGGCAUGUCCUGACUGGCAAGGAGGUGGCGGUGAAGAUCAUUGACAAGACCCAGCUCAAUUCUUCCAGCCUCCAGAAACUGUUCCGGGAAGUAAGAAUAAUGAAGGUUUUGAAUCAUCCCAACAUAGUUAAAUUAUUUGAAGUGAUUGAGACAGAGAAGACCCUUUAUCUUGUAAUGGAGUACGCUAGCGGAGGAGAGGUGUUUGACUACCUGGUAGCACAUGGGAGGAUGAAGGAAAAAGAGGCCCGAGCCAAGUUCCGACAGAUAGUCUCGGCUGUACAGUACUGUCACCAGAAGUUCAUUGUGCAUAGAGACUUGAAGGCAGAAAACCUGCUCCUGGAUGCCGACAUGAACAUCAAAAUUGCCGACUUUGGCUUCAGUAACGAAUUCACCUUUGGCACAAAGCUGGACACCUUCUGUGGCAGCCCUCCCUACGCUGCCCCAGAGCUCUUCCAGGGCAAGAAGUACGACGGGCCCGAGGUGGAUGUCUGGAGCCUCGGCGUCAUCCUCUACACGCUGGUCAGCGGCUCCCUGCCUUUUGACGGCCAGAACCUCAAGGAGCUCCGGGAGCGGGUGCUGCGGGGGAAGUACCGGAUCCCAUUCUACAUGUCCACGGACUGCGAGAACCUGCUCAAGAAGUUCCUCAUCCUCAACCCCAGCAAGAGGGGCACUUUGGAGCAAAUCAUGAAAGACCGGUGGAUGAACGUGGGGCACGAAGAAGACGAACUCAAGCCGUACGUGGAGCCGCUGCCGGACUACAAGGACCCCCGGCGGACAGAGCUGAUGGUCUCCAUGGGCUACACGCGGGAGGAGAUCCAGGACUCCCUAGUGGGCCAGAAAUACAACGAGGUGAUGGCCACCUACCUGCUGCUGGGCUACAAGAGCUCGGAGCUGGAGGGCGAGACGAUCACACUGAAGCCACGGCCGUCGGCAGAACUGACCAGCAGCGGUGCCCCGUCCCCAUCCCACAAGGUACAGCGAAGCGUCUCCGCCAACCCCAAGCAGCGACGCUUCAGCGAUCAGGCUGGUCCUGCCAUCCCCACCUCCAACUCCUACUCCAAGAAGACACAGAGUAACAAUGCGGAGAACAGGCGGCCCGAAGAGGAGCGGGAGUCCGGGCGGAAGGCCAGCAGCACCGCCAAGGUGCCCGCCAGCCCGCUGCCUGGCCUCGAGAGGAAGAAGGCCACACCCACUCCCUCGACGAACAGCGUGCUCUCCACCAGCACCAACAGGAGCCGGAACUCCCCGCUGUUAGAGCGAGCCAGCUUAGGCCAGAGCUCCGUCCAGAACGGCAAGGACAGCCUAACCAUGCCAGGCUCCCGGGCCUCCACGGCCUCCGCCUCCGCCGCUGUCUCUGCGGCACGGCCCCGCCAGCACCAGAAGUCCAUGUCGGCCUCCGUGCACCCCAACAAGGCCUCGGGGUUGCCCCCGACAGACAGUAAUUGUGAGGUGCCCAGGCCCAGUACCGCUCCCCAGAGGGUCCCUGUGGCCUCCCCCUCGGCUCACAACAUCAGCAGCAGUGGGGGAGCCCCGGAACGGACCAACUUCCCCCGGGGGGUGUCAAGCAGAAGCACCUUCCACGCCGGGCAGCUGCGCCAGGUGCGGGAUCAACAGAACCUGCCCUAUGGGGUCACACCUGCCUCUCCUUCUGGCCACAGCCAAGGCCGACGGGGGGCCUCCGGCAGCAUCUUCAGCAAAUUCACAUCCAAGUUUGUUCGCAGAAAUCUGUCUUUCAGGUUUGCCAGAAGGAACCCGAAUGAACCCGAAAGCAAAGACCGAGUGGAAACCCUCAGACCUCACAUGGUGGGCGGCGGGGGCAGCGACAAGGACAAGGACGAGAACCGGGAGGCCAAGCCGCGCUCUCUGCGCUUCACCUGGAGCAUGAAGACGACCAGCUCCAUGGAGCCCAACGAGAUGAUGCGGGAGAUCCGGAAGGUGCUGGACGCUAACAACUGCCAAUGCGAGCUGCAGGAGAAGUUCAUGCUCCUGUGCGUGCACGGCACCCCGGGCCACGAGACCUUCGUGCAGUGGGAGAUGGAGGUGUGCAAGCUGCCGCGCCUCUCCCUCAAUGGCGUGCGCUUCAAGCGGAUAUCGGGCACCUCCAUGGCCUUUAAGAACAUCGCCUCCAAGAUUGCCAACGAGCUUAAGCUCUAACAGGCUGCCGGGGGGCCGCGCCCCCAGCCCAGGACCAGCGAGGGCGUGCGCGCCCUGGGGCGGGGCUGCAGCUGGGCCGGCCCCCCUUUCCUUUUCAGUUUUUUCCUCCGCAUUUGUGGGGGAGGGAAGGUCAUUCUCCCCCCUCCACGACCCCCCAACGUGAAACAAGGAAUGUAGGGGGGCGUGGGGGCGGGGUACCCCCAGGUACUGCGGUUGCACAGAGUAUUUCGCCGAAACCAAGAAUUUUUUUAUUACCAAAAAAAGAAAAUGCAGCGGACGGCUCCCUGCCCUUCUGGGGCAGCACAGACUGGAUUGAUGGCGUUUCCUCCCCCUGGGAAUCGCUCGAGGCUGGAUCGUCCUCUUCGUCCUCUUCGUAGAGAGGGAAGGGGAGAAUUCGCUGCCCCUUCGUCCUCCCCCUCCCCGGGGCCAGUUGGGGGUUUUGCCCUGCCUUCCAUCUUCUCCUAAAUAAACCACCAGGGGUUGCCUUUCUAGACUCAGGCCCCUAGCAUUGAGUGCCCAUAGUUAAGACUGGGGCGGGGGGUUGGUGCUGUGGGCAAGGGAAGAGAUUGUUCUGGGCUGAGGAGGGGGAGGGGGGUCUUCUUUCGGUGCCAUUUCCUCCUAUCCCCCCACCCCCCUUUGCUGGGCAUUUACUUUCCACAAGCUGCUGUUAGGGGGGAGGGGGGGCAGCCUUUCUCCCCCGUACUCUCCUCCCCCGAGAGGCUGAUGACAGGGUCGGUCAAUUCCUGGGACUUCCCCCUCCCCCUGCCAAAUGUCUAGGGAACAUGGGUCUGGGGGCUGCCAGGCUGGGAGGGAGAUGCCAGCGAUGGGCAUUGGGUUCUCGUGGGGCCUGCUGCUGCUUCCCCUGUCCCUAGGACUGGGGAGGACAGAGUGUUCUCCUUUCUGGGAGAGGCCCUUGUCUGCAAGCACAUCUUCCCCCCCCUCCCCCAUCUCUCCGUCGGCAUUAAUUUGGGCACCGGCUAGGUUUGGAGCAGUGGGAUUUUUCUGCCUCUCUCUUCCCAGUCUCCUGUCUCCUCAAGCUUCUGUUUCUAGCUUUGCUUCAUGACACUUGCCCCUUGGCCUCCAUCUCCCCCAGGAGAAGUGAGGCGCCUGAGGUUCUAGGCUGAGGCGGGUGGCACGUCCAGUGCUGCCCUUGGGGGGAAGACGUUGCUGAUGCGCUCCCGUGCCCUUCCCCAGACUGGAGGCUGGAAGGGCACCAGGGGCGUUCAGCUGGUGGUGGCCACUGCAGCCCUUAAUUUAUUUCUCUGCUGUUUCUGUUCUUGAGAAAUGAGGUGGGGGAGGGAGGGGACGUGCACAGAAGCUGCUCCCCCCCGCAUCUGAGUUGUACAUUUUUUGUGAUGGGUUUUAUUUUUUAUUAUUAUUAUUUUAUUUUGGGUUUUUUUGUUUUUGAUUUAUGAUGACUUCCCUUUCUCCAUCCCUCCCACCUCCCAGCCUGAGGCGCAGCAGUGAGCAGAGCCUCUGGGUUCCAGGAAGGGGGUCUUGAUAAACUCCCUCCCACCCCAAAAGAAGGCUCCGGCUCCGGACCAAGGGCUUUACCCCUCCAUCUCCACCCCUCCUCCCUCGUAGCCCACCCAGGGUGAUCAGUGGGACCCAGGAGGGGAACAGCUCAGCUUGGGGGGGGGGCGGGGGGGCCCCAGGGACCAGAAGGUCAGGUCCCUCCCCCCCCUCCCCUCACAGUGCCCUUUCAACCUCCUCCCCCUUCCCAUACUUAGUUUCUCCUCUGGAUCAGACACACGUAAUAAAGAGAAUGUUUGGAAUCUGAGCCUUG